AUGGCGCCCAAGAAGAAGGAAGCCACUGGCGACCUUAUGAUCUCAACUGCCGAAUACAAAAAGACGCGCGACUCGGUUAGUACUACUAUUCUCAUCAUGUUCCUGCCAUUGCUGCGACGCGCCUGCCCUGAGUUUAUCGUGUCGCGAACCUGCGCAAAGCUCGUACCCAGGGCGCAUUACCGCGCCACCACACAAACUGUUCGAAACUUUUGCUUUCCUCAGGCAGGCGCCAUCAUGCCAGGGCGACCUAAACAGCGCAAGCGAAUUAUCGCUACUGAAGAUGCGGCUGCCAAUGACGCAUCAAUUGCUUACAGUUACAAUCAGGUCAUCGCCUCCCUCCAUAACUUGCAGGCUGGCCUCAUCCACGUGCAGCAUGGCAUUACCGAUUUGUUGAGCAACUAUCGCAAACACUGCGCCUCUGUCCUGGGUGAUGAGGAGAGCGAAGCACCUUUCAGCGACUUCACCACAAAUACCCAAUCCCUCGCUGAUGGUGUACGUGCUGCUGCCGACGAGCUAAAGCAAGCUAUUGCUCCCGUCGAGAACGCGGCAGAUGCGAACAAGGGCAAGAAACGCAAGCGCGAAAAGAAGGAAAAGGACCCCAAUGCUCCUAAGAAGCCCCUCACUGCUGCCUUUUUGUAUGCUCAGAGUGCGCGUCCCAUUGUCAAGGCAGAUCUCGAGGCCGCCCUUCCUUCUGGUGCUAUCAUGGAGAAGAACGCUGUCCAGACUGAAGUCAACAAGCGAUGGGCCGAGCUCCCCGAGGAGAACAAGGAGCAAUGGAAGGCGCAGUACCGCAAGAACCUGGAGGAGUACAAGAUCAACCUCGCCGAGUACCUUGCCAAGAAGGGUAUCAAGGACGCCGAGCUAGUCGAAGAAGACGACGAGGAGGACGAAGACGAAGCUGAGAUUGAGGUCGGAACCGGUGCCGUUGACUCUGAUGUCUCCGACGACGAGGAAGAGGCCCCUACCAAAGCCCCCUCUCCCCCAGCAAAGACACCUCGCAAGCGCCAGAAGACUGCCCCAGCUGUCAACGGCAACACCCUCCCCAUCCACAUUGCCCCAGCCACUGUCUCAACCCCCGUCCCGCUACCUACCUCGCGCUCCUCUGCCGCCGCAGCAGCAGCCCCCGUGACCGCCGUGACCGCCGUCGCCGAAACCCCCGCCAAGAAAGACAGCAAGAAGAAGAAGGAAAAAUCCGUCCCUCAGCCCAUUGCCCCCGCUCCUCCUGCCGUCAUCGCCGAAGAACCCACUCCCGAGGAAGCCGGCGGCAAGAAGAAGAAGUCCUCCCGUAGCACUCGUAACACCGAGGCUGAUGGCGACAAGGAGAAUGCCGCACUGGAGAAGGCUGAGAAAGCUGAGAAAGCUGAGAAGGCCGAGAAGGCCGAGAAGGCGUCCAAGGAGAAGAAGCGCGAUAGGACUAAGAGGAAGAGCGAGGUCGCUAACUAA